AGCGGCGUCACGGCUCAUCCGCUCUCUUGCCAGCUCCGUCGUCGAUUACAUGCGCCACCCUGCACGACCCCCCCGCGCCACUCCGUCGCGACAGCGCUCGCAGCGACCGCCGACACCUUGAGUCCCCGAGCCCGACGCCGGAGGGCGAGAUGAAAGCGCUGGCCUCUCGAGCCGUCCCGACCUGCGAUCGCCCGCGGCAGCCCGAGCCGGCGCUCUUGCCUCCAGGGUGACGCGCAGCCCCCCGCCGCCCCAACAGAUGGCCCCAGGCCAAGCGCCCCAUCAGCCCAUCCCCUGGAGGGAUGCCCACCCCUUCCUCCUCCUGUCCCCACUGGUGGGCCUUCUCAGCCGGGCCUGGAGCCGGCUGAGGGGCCCAGGACCUCCAGAGCCCUGGCUCGUGGAAGCAGUAACAAGCGCAGAUCAGGGAGAAGCUGGCCUGGAGGGAGAAACCAAGGCUGCUCUGGCCGCCCACUAUGCCCCUUGGGGCGGGCACCCUCAGGGGAAGGCUGGAGACAGUGCAGCACGUGAGGAGAAUGAAGCAUCCUGGGGACCCUGCCCUGACCGGAAAGCCUACGGUUCUUUUGAAGCCUGGGGACUUUCAGAUGAUGAUGAUGAUGAUGAUGAUGAAGAGUAUGGUUGGGAAGAAGCAACCAGUGUCCUUAGAGAUCAGGGAAGCGAAUAUAUAGGUGGCCAGCCUGCUCCCCUGUCCCCCAGCCUUCUGAUAAGAACUCUGAAAGACCCUUCUGGGGAGGAGGAAUCUGAGGAAGUUGUUGUUGCUGAAGAUAAAGUGAUCACGUUCUCAUUACCUCCAUCGCACUGGGAGUGUUGUCCAGGGGUGGCGGUGGAGGAGGAGGAUGCAGAAGCUAUAAAUAAAGCAGCUCUCAGGAAGUCAUCUACUUCCCCCUUAUCUCCAGGAUCCAAGCCCAGAGCUUGGCUACAUUGUGCAGGGGAGAAAGAAAGAACAGAGAAUAAAGGCAGGAAGACAUCGGUUUCCUCUUCCUCUGCAGCCUCCCACCCCAGCACCUGGGAGUGUUGUUCAGGAGAGGCAGCUGAGGAGGACACAAAGACUGAGAAAGAAGCAGACCCAGGACCACACCCAGUCCUAGCUCAGAGGCCCCUGCUCGGGGCCUGGCAGCAUCAACCCAGUAAGAUCACAGAAGAUGGAGAGAAUGAGGACAUUGCUCCAGGGGAAGCUGAGGGGCCCUCUUCCAUCGCCCCUAGAAGUGCCUUCUUCAGGGCCUGGGUGUACCAGCCAGGAGAGGACACGGAGGAGGAGGAGGAGGAGGACGGUGAUUCAGGAGAGGCUGAGGAGGAGGGAGAAGCUGAGGGGCCCUCUUCCAUCCAACCCACAAGCGCCUUCUUGAGGACCUGGGUGUACCGGCCAGGAGAGGACACGGAGGAGGAGGAUGAGGACAGUGAUUCAGGAGUGGCUGAGGAGGAAGAAGCUAAGGAUCCCUCCGGAUUGUGUAUUAACUGCAGUUUGGACCCAACUGGCGGGGUGCGCUUCUCUGAGAAGGUCUCCAUCCAUUUACUGGCUGUCUGGGCAGGACCAGCCCAGGCUGCCCGCCGGGGCCCCUGGGAGCAGUUCGCCCGAGAUCGCAGCCGCUUCGCCCGCCGAAUCGCCCAGGCCCAGGAGGUGCUGGGCCCCUGCCUCACCCCAGCAGCCCGGGCCAGGGCCUGGGCACGUCUUGGGAACCCUCCCCCUUCUCUGGCCACCAUACCUGCCCCUACCCAGACCCUACCCACAUCCUUUGUCCAGGCCACGCCCUUGAGCCAUGCUGUGGCCUCUCCCUCCCCUCUUUAUGUGUCUCCUUGCCUGGACCUCAGUGGGAGGCGUGGCUAAGACCCUGUGGUUUGUUACUAUUUAUUUUUUUUACCAGUUGGUUUAAGAAAUAAAGCCUUGAUUUGUAGUGAGCAACAUCA